AUGGGAUCUGAUGCGAUAGAAAUAGAUGAAGGAAGCAGUUCAAGUACAGUUCCUACAAAACAAAUAAAUGAAGAAAGUGGUUCAAGUACAGUUCCUACGAAACAAUUGAAGCUCGAGGAAAUCGAAGGCAUCAACAAAUAUUUUGCUGAACCUGGAACACUUGCCCGGACGGGACUGUUCAUCGGUGGCACAAAGUACAUGAUGAUCCAAGGAGAGGCAAAUCCUGGAGCUGGUGGUGUAAUCUUGGUCUUUGAUAUCUAUGAUGAAAUAAUGGCUCAUGGGUACUGGGCAGUGCAAUACGGUUGUCGAGAGGCUUGGUGA